UUUUGCCAAAAACCAGCUGGUGGUUCCGUGAAAAAUAGCCACGUAAAAAUACAAAAUUAUAGAAAGUGUUUCCCAUAGAAAGUAAACAACGCUGCUUGCUCGACCCAACAACAGAACAUGCCACAGCAGCAAGCGGCAGCUGGGGAAAUGUGUGACGUGCAAGAAGAGUUCUCAGCAUAGCGCACGUACGUAGCACACAUUUUCAGUUUAUUAGACACCAUGGAUGAGAAACUCAAGUAUUCGCUGCUGCGUGGUGAGCUGGUGGACACACAAAGCAUAUGGACAAGGCACGAGAAACGCAUUUGGUUCAUCACACUGAUAACGGGCACAUGUAUGCUCUAUUCGACACGUACAACCAUGCCACUGCUGGUGCCGGCAGUGGCAGCAGCACAAAAAUGGAGCAAAACCGAUUCGGGCACCGUGCUGAGUUCCUUCUUUUGGGGCUACACCCUGACACAGGUGGUGGGCGGUUACUUUAGCGAUCGUUUCGGUGGCCAAAGGGUCAUACUAUUUGCUGCCAUUGGCUGGUCACUCAUCACAUUCCUGAUGCCCACGAUUAUCUGGUCGGUGGGUUCCAUCAAGAGCUAUGCCAUUCCAUUUAUUGUGGCCAUUAGGAUACUGAAUGGAGCCUUUCAGGGUGUGCACUUUCCCAGCAUGAUCAGUUUGACGAGUCAGAACCUCUGCCCAAACGAACGCAGCAGCUUCUUUGGCUUGCUCACUGCUGGCUCGGCUCUCGGCACCCUACUCACCGGCAUUAUGGGAUCCUUUCUGCUCGAUUACUUCGGCUGGUCGUAUGUCUUCCGUGUCAUUGGCCUCAUGGGCAUUGCCUGGGCCUUGGUCCUGCGCUACUAUGCCAUGGCCGGGGAGCGCAAUCGCAUCAUCAACAUAGCCACACCCUCGCGACUGUGCGCGAAUCGUACGCCCGCGGAGACUGCUGUGCCCUGGCUGCGCUACUUCAGUCGCUUGUCCUUUUGGGCUUGUGUCCUGACGCAUGCCUGCGAGAUGAAUUGCUUCUUUGUGCUGCUCUCCUGGCUGCCCACAUACUUCCACGAUGGUUUCCCACACGCCAAGGGCUGGGUGGUGAACAUGAUACCCUGGCUAGCCCUGCCACCAUGCACACUUUUUGCCAAAUACUUGACGACGCGUCUGCUGGCACGCGACUGGCACACCACGACGGUGCGCAAGUUCAUUCAAAGCUGCUGCUUUGCCGCCCAGAACCUGGCGCUAUUCGUGAUGAGUCGCACCACGGAUUUCCACACGGCACUCAUCUGUAUGACGAUCAUCAUAGGCGGCACGGGCUUCCAUAAUAAUGCGGUGACGGUGAACCCACAGGACUUGGCACCGCUACACUCCGGCAGCGUCUUCGGACUGAUGAACACAGUGGGCGCUAUACCGGGAUUCCUUGGUGUGUACCUCGCGGGGCACAUACUGGAGCUGACACAAAGCUGGCCAAUGGUGUUCAGCGCUGCUGCGGGCAUCAAUCUCGUGGGUUGGAUUAUAUUUCUGGUGUUUGGCUCCGCUGAGGCGAUUGUUUAAGCACCGAACAUACUUUAAUUUAUGUAUAUUUUAUGUGUAUAUAUUUUAAGGCCCAGAAUUAGCGUUAAGUAGCGAAAAUCCUACAGCUCCUACGGCGUGAUAAAAUAUUUAAACAAACUCA